GUUAGGCAUUAGCUUAGCGACCGGAAAAUGCGCAGAAAAGACGUCGCGUUUUGAUUACGUCACUAGCAAUCGCACUCGCACACGAGGACGAGGAAACAAGUCGGGUAAAGAGAUCGGUAGUCUUCAAUUUAAACAUGCCAAAACAGAAAUCCAAGAAGUUUGCUGUAAUGAAGAAAAUGAUCAGUCUAAAAGAUAAUAGAAUAAAAGAUAAAGAUCGUUCUAAAGCCAAAGAAAAGAAGAAGAAAGAUCCAUCAGCACUUAAAGAGAGAGAAGUGCCAAAGUACCCAUCAUGUCUUUUCUUCCAGUACAAUACUCAGCUUGGUCCACCUUAUCACGUUCUAGUUGACACCAAUUUUAUCAACUUCUCCAUCAAGGCCAAACUUGACAUUGUCCAGUCUAUGAUGGAUUGCCUCUAUGCCAAAUGUAUCCCAUAUAUAACAGACUGUGUUUUGGCUGAGAUUGAAAAACUUGGAAUGAAGUACAGGGUUGCACUCAGAAUAGCCAAGGAUCCGAGGUUUGAGCGCUUGCCAUGCGCACACAAAGGAACAUAUGCUGAUGACUGUUUAGUCCAAAGGGUAACGCAGCACAAGUGUUACAUUCUAGCUACAGUGGACAGAGAUCUGAAGAGAAGGGUCAGGAAGAUCCCUGGAGUGCCCAUCAUGUACAUCUCAAACCACAGGUAUAACAUUGAACGGAUGCCAGAUGAUUAUGGUGCACCAAGAUUGUAAUGUUUCUAUUAUUAAAAAGGUCCUGUAAAUAAACUGAUGUUUUCUGUUUAGUGCUAUUUUAAUUUUUAUGCAAAUUUGGUGUUGUUUUUUGUUUUUGAGAUUUUUUGAUUUAGAGAGGAUGGGUUGUCUUUUCAUCACAAUGAAUAUUACAAUAAAUUCUGUUAUUAAAGAAUAAAUCAGCUGA